AUGUCACGAUCGAUAGCGCCAUCGUCGGGCGCCCUGCGCUCGCUGCUGCAGUCCCAACAGACAACUCGGCAACAAUGCCGCCGCUUCCUCUCAUCCACAGCCGCCACGGCUCGUAGGCCGACAGCUCCAGAGGCUUCAUUGGCACAGCAACAGCAAUGUCUGCGUUCCCGGGUCGUCACUAUCGAGCAGCGCCGCUUCAAGUCCCGGUCCGUCGAGGAGCAGAAGAGCAGAUACCGCACUGGUCCGUUUUCCUGGAAGGCCGGUCUGCUCUUCGUGGCAACCAGCGGCGGACUGGUGUGGUACUUUGAGCACGAGAAGCAGCGCAUGCAGCGCAAGCGCGUCGCCGAGGCGACCAAGGGCGUUGGCCGGCCGAAGGUCGGCGGCGAGUUCGAGCUGGUGGACCAGGACGGGAAGCCCUGGACAAGCGCCAACAUGAAGGGGCGGUAUAGUCUGGUCUAUUUCGGCUUCUCCCACUGCCCCGAUAUCUGCCCCGAGGAGCUUGACAAGAUGGCACGCAUGUUCGAUCUUGUUGAAGCCGAGAGUCCGGGCGCUGUCCUGCCUCUGUUCAUCACCUGCGACCCAGCUCGCGACACUCCCAAGGUCCUCAAGGAUUACUUGGCCGAGUUCCACCCCGCAUUCAUCGGGCUGACGGGCACAUACGACCAGAUCAAGGACGUGUGCAAAGCCUACCGGGUGUAUUUUAGCACGCCGAAGAACGUUGCGCCGGGCCAGGACUACCUGGUAGACCACAGCAUAUACUUUUACCUCAUGGACCCCGAGGGAGACUUUGUCGAGGCAUUGGGCCGACAGCACAGCCCGGAGGCGGCAGCCAAGAUCAUAUUGAGCCAUACCAAGGACUGGCGUGACCCAACCAAGAGGUGA